CAUCUUAGGUUUAAUAAUUUUAUUAUAAAUACUCCAGUGUGAAUUUCAAGAAUUCACACUGGAGUAUUGCAGGUUAAAUACUAGUAAAUUAUUUCACUGAAUAUAAGUGUUUAAAUGCAAUUCAAUUACAUUUAUGAUUGACAUGGGUGAGAUUAGACAUUUUAUUUCGGAAUUCGGGACAAAUCAUAAUGCCGGAUUCAGCCGUAGUGAGCAGGGAAGAGGGCAGAACGUGUGUUGUAAACGCGAUACUUCUCAUGCCACUGCCAUUCGCGCUGCCCGGUCCCCAAGAUAGCGGAUUCAAAGGACCGGCACUGCGUUACUUACAUUCUGCUCCGACACUCAGUACUCACCAGUGGCCGAGAGCCUGGAGAAGAAAGACGGUUGUUUAGAUCAUCGAAAAUGCCGUCCGAAUGGAGCAAUGAGAUUACAAUACAAUUCUUAGAACUACUAGAAACGGAAAAAGUAAUUUGGGAUGUUAUGGAUAAACAACAUAAACAGAAACAUAAGGUUCACGACGCGUGGAAAAAAAUCACGUGUUGCUUUACUUUUGAAACUUUAAGCAACAUACCUACUGCAGACAAAAAAAGAGAGGAAGACGAGUGCGAUGUUUAUGCUUCAUUGUUAGCAAAAAAGUUAAGGAAGUAUCCAGAAAUAAUGCGAGACAGGAUUAUGUACUAAAUUGAUGGUCUUCUUCUGGAUAACCCUUACCCUGACGUGUAGACUUCGGAAACUAUCUCCAGUCGUUAGAUAUCGAAGGGUUAUCUCUAGGCGUAUUAUUGGUGGAAUAGGUAUUCUUAGUCUUGUCUGUUUCUUUAUCAUA